GGCCGGAGUGUCAACAACUGCCGCUGUUGUUAUCGCUUCAUUGUUGGGCCAGUGCUGCACCGAGAGAGACGGAGAAGGAGAGAACCAAAGGUCAUAAGAGUGCCAUGACGCCGUUCCUGAGCCGCGCUGAACUUCUCCACUAACUUCGGAAUAUCUCAGGUGACAUUAAUAAAAAGAACGGAUAAAGACUCGCCUUUACCGUGGGCUGCACGUCGUCUCAGAAGCCAUGAACUGGAUUCUGGAACAAUCGAAAUCUCUGCCAGAUACCCUCACCUAUUUCUUGGUUGCCCUUCUGCUGGUUCUUGUGUCUCACUGGUUCGUGAGGAGGCAAAAGAAGGUAUGGGUUCUCAACAAACUCCCUGGACCUAAAGGCCUCCCUGUGGUCGGAAACGCUUUUGAAGUAGCAUUGAACUCGAGAGAACUCUUUGCGAAAAUGAAUAGUUUCGGGGACUAUGGAGACACUGUGAGGAUAUGGAUCGGAACCCAGCCGUACGUCCUUAUCAGCGGGGCUGAAGCUGCUGAGGUAGUGCUCAGCAGUUCGAAGUUCAUAGAAAAGAGUUUUGAUUAUUCUUUUCUCCACCCGUGGCUUGGCACAGGAUUGCUGACGUCAUCAGGACAAAAGUGGCGCUCAAGAAGGAAGCUCCUGACUCCAGCGUUCCACUUCAAAAUCCUCGAGGACUUCGUGGACGUCUUCAACAAAGAGGCCCAAAAGCUAAUAAAGAAACUGCAGAAGAAAGCCGAUGGGAAGCCUUUCAACUUAUUCCCUUACAUUACGAAAUGCACACUCGACAUCAUAUGCGAAACGGCCAUGGGGACUUCCAUCAAUGCUCAAGACGACGAGGGGGAAAAUACUUACAUCGAUGCCAUAUAUAAGAUUGGCUACAUGAUCCAGCAACGCGUUGCCAACGCCUGGCAACAUUCGGAUUUCUUGUACCGGCUGUCUGGCUAUGCUAAAAGACGUGAUUCGCUUGUCAAAAUCCUUCAUGAAUUCUCGCUGAAGACGAUUAGGGAAAGGAGACGGCUUUUCCAAGAGCGGAUGAAAACCGCAGAAAAGGAGAAAGAAGAAGAUCCCCUAGCGACUAAGAAGAAGCGACUCGCCUUCCUAGACCUUUUGCUGGAAUAUUCUCAAAAUGACAACAUAAAUUUACCUGACGAAGAUCUCCGGGAGGAGGUAGAUACCUUUAUGUUCGAAGGGCAUGAUACAACAACUGCUGCCAUCAACUGGGUACUCUUCCUCUUGGGUCUGCAUCCAGAGAUUCAAGCCAAAGUUCAUGACGAAUUAGACAGUGUGUUUGGUAACCCGGACAGACCAGUAACCGCUGAGGACUUAAGGGAACUGAAGUAUCUUGAAAACUGCAUAAAGGAAUCCCUGAGAAUAUUUCCAUCUGUGCCCUUUUUCGGCAGAGAAACGAAGGAAGAGCUGGUCAUAGGUAACUACGUAAUACCUGCAGAUACUCCAGUCACCAUCAUGACGUACCGGCUGCACAGGGACCCCAAAUAUUUCCCGAAUCCGGAGGUUUUCAAUCCCGAUCGCUUCUUGCCUGAGAAUAGCAAAGGCAGGCAUCCCUUUGCUUAUGUUCCCUUCAGUGCUGGGCCAAGGAAUUGCAUAGGUCAGAAGUUUGCCAUGAUGGAAGAGAAGAUCAUCCUGAGUCACGUCUUGAGGAACUUCCGCGUCGAGAGCCAGGAGACCCAGGAUCAGGUUCAGGUUCUCGGCGAGCUCAUCCUGCGGCCGGAGAAGGGAAACCAUUUGAAACUCUUCCCGAGGAAAAUGUCUGGUGUGAGAGAAUAGAGUAUAGACAGAUUCACUUCAUUAUUCGAACCGGGGUUUAUUUUUACUCUCUGCUUUAUUUUUGCAGUGUUGACCAGACACGUUGUAAGAAUAUUAGAACAAUAAGUGAAUAGAUGUUUUGUACAUUGGUAAGUUGGGCAGAUUCCUUCACAUUCACAAUUGCAUCACUGAAAAUACAAA